CAAACUGAAUAUCGCAUGAAAAAUUGAAAGCAAGCAAAAACAGUGGUAUCUCAAGAGUGUAUAAUGGAAGUGAUCAAUUUUAAUAGUGAAGAUAGAUAUCGACUCAUGCAGCUAUCUCACUGCAUUGGAAUGUGAUCAACCAGCAACUAACACAGCUACCACUGAAACCUAUCCAUGAAUCACUGGGUGACGGUAAUGAAUGCAAAUCCUUAGACAUGGAAACUGUUCCCAGAAGUACCACCCCCAGGGGAAAUCCCAUAUCUUGGGUUUGCCCAGGUUCAAGAGGCCCAGCAAACAAAGAACUGAGAAUUGUAUAAAGUGAUAAACCUGGUAAGGGGUCAUUCUCACCUGAUCCAAGAACUGAAAUGACAGCGUGGCCAAGAGGGUUGAGAUCCUGCCGAAGGGGUUUGAAGGACUUUGAAACUCACAAGGAACCAUGUGGAAAGUGGGUGACACCUGGUAAAACAGGAUGCAUGUGAUUUUACAAUGGAUGGAAGAGCAGACUCGUUGGUGAUGACUGUGCAUCUUCUUGCCACCUCUGGACAUUCAUUACUCUUGCAGCAAACUCUUGAUCGGCUUCUGGGGUGGAUCUGUCUGGAUGUUCGCCUCUUCCUUGUAUCCGAACGUGUUACUCCAGUGAAGUAUUAUGAGAAAUAUCACCGGAAAAGCUCUGGAUUUCCUGGGAUGUCCAUUCUCCUUUUCCUGCAUGAGGACUUUGGGGAAGAACGGAUUUUUCAGGUCCAUGAUUUUUUCCAGCACCCUCCAUGGCAGGAUCACCACAUGCAACAUGCUAAUAGGAAACUGUACCCUUUUGCACCUGCUGGCCAGGAAUUUUAUGGUCUGGAUGAGCAUAUGCCUGUAUGGGGUGUACGACAAGUUCAUUAUGGCACUGAAAUUCUGCGCGUGACUCUCUACUGUAGCUUUGAUAACUAUGAUGAUGCAGUCAGACUUUACGAGAUGAUCCUACAGAAAGAAGCAAUUAUGCAGAAGAGUAACUUCUGUGUCUUUGUGCUAUAUGCAACACAAACUGUUGCUGUUCAGCUCUGCUUGAAGCAGCUGCCCCCUGGGGUCUCUGUUGAACUGAAAGAAUCUUCUGUGUUGCAAUUCAAGGUGCAUGAAAUUGGGCAGCUGGUACCUCUUCUGCCUAAUCCAUGUGUUCCUAUCAGUAGCACCCGAUGGCAAACUCAGGACUACGAAGGAAACAAAAUCUUGCUUCAGGUUCAAGGCAACUCAAAACACAAUGAAAAAGAUGAUGGGCUUUCCAAUCAGCACAAUAAUGCAGGUGAAGAAAAGAUCCUACAGAAUUCCACACUAGCCCCCUUUCCCACAAAGUGGGUUAAUGCAGAGCAGAAAAGCCGGAAGAUCAGAAUGAUGAAGUGUAAAAUCAAAUCAGAACACAGAAUUAUUUCUGGGAGCGUUAGCAGCACCCCACAGAGUAACUCCUGCUCUUCAUCCCAGGCCAGCAGCCCAGCAGCUACUUCACAGUCUGAUACCACCUCUUUCAAUGCAAGUGCAGGAACUAAACUGAACAUCUCCAGCCAAGAAAUCCAUUUUCAAAGACAAGAAGCAGAGACCAAUGUUGACACAGGAUUCACGGUAGUAAAUUCUGAAUGCAACCCAUCUCCACUUAGCAGGUUUUCAAGGGACUUGCAGGACAGCCUUCCUCAACCACAAGCACCAAACUAUUCAUUAGCUGCUGCUGGCUCCAGAAUCAACUUGCCUUCUGAGGAUAGUAUCCAUCUGUCAUUAUCUGCUGUCAAAAGAAAUAAAGGAGCAGGGCAGACAGCUUCAAACUUUCACUUAAGAAUAUCAAGAGCAAACCAUGGAAAUGGAAAUGAAGAGGAGGAGGAAUUCUUUAUUUGACUUGAAACAAAUGUGCCUGACAGACUGACUUUAAAACUGAUAGAUAAAUGCUUUAUUCUGGAAACAGAGAGAAAGCAAUCUGCAUGCUGUUUAACUCUGUGUUUAUACAGACACCAAGAUGCCUAGGCUACCUGUUCUGUUAUGAAAAAAAUACUUCAAUGGGGUUUUAUUGCAAUAGAGUCACUUUAUGUACAAAAAUGCUAAUGGGAUGGAGGGCAAAACCACAAAAAAUAAUGUGCAGUUACACAGUGAGUUUGAUUCUUUUAAAUACAGAACACCCAACAGCGUAAUUGUGCAAUGAAUGGGAAUAAGCCAUGUGAGUCCUAUUACUGUUUGUAAAUGUUAACCAGUAGCCUGUGACACAUUCUGUCUUGUGUAGUUGCAUUAGAGGGCUUUGGCAGUGGGAUGCUACACUGCUAAAAAUAGCAAUGUGAACAUGGGAGGCACUACGUGAGUGUGUAGAGAGUUGUGUAGGGUACAUGGAGUUCAGGGGGGUAGGGCACUCUACUUAUCUAAAUCAGUGCCUCACCAUCUGCUCUGCUAUUUAUACCUGUGCUAGCUGGACGUGCAGCGUCUGUACCCUACAUGCUGCCAUAAGUGUAUAUUUACCUUUGGUGGUGGAAUGGUCACAACGUGUGAGCAGGCUUGCAAUGUCUUUCUCCUUCUAGGUGCCCUCUCGUUUCUCCCUCUGCCAUCAUCCAGACUUGAAAAGUGUGAACGUGAUCAUUCAUAUGCAUUUAAAUGAGACCAAAUCACACCCUGAUACACCCCCAUAAUGCUACUUUUCACAUUUUUGAAGAAAACUAUUUAAAAUCAAUUGUUUGAACUCUGUUUUCUCCUCACGAAGCACAUGCCCCCUGCCCUCUCAAUGCUCCAUGGAAUAAAGUUAGAAACAAUAUGCAUGAUCUUUGUUAGACCUCUGUGCAAUUAUCAACAUGGUGAAAAUCCCAAUUGAAUUUUAAAUGGCAGGAGACAAACAGAAACCAUUGGAGCUGAGAGAGCUACCAGAAUGGUAAAAGCUAAAAAUUCAGUAAAGAGUGCUCACCGAAGGACAAAUGAACCAUUCAUUUAAAAGAAACAAAUGUUUAUCAAGAUUGGAUUUAUUUAAAGUUUUCCUAAUGGAGAACCAUUACCUAGGCCAGAAAGGAGGAGAGUUAGAGGGUGCUGGACUGAAGGGUCAACAAUUACAAAGAGCAUGGCAAAAAUCUGAUCUGCCCAUUUUACUCUUGUCCAGAAUAUGAGGGACACAUGGACUCUCACUGCCAAAAGAGGGUAAAUUUGGAGUCCUGACAAGGAGAUGCUACUUUACUCUGUGCCCUCGUGAAAGUGUCUGCUCUGUCCUGGCUGAUGGAAUGUUUCUUAACAGAGGAGUAGGGCUUGGCUAGGUUUAUGUUUGUCAUGCUCUUGCCUUCUCUGAGGAGGAGCGGACUAGGGAGGGGAUGACCAGUGCUGCGCCCCAUUCAUUUCAGAUUUAGCCACAUCACCAUCCCUAGCCAAUGACUGGCCCACCUGAGACUUGUGAACUCAGGCAAUCCGUUUUAAGCUUUGCACGGAGUAUGCAUUAUACCAGAGUGCCUGCGGACCCAAGAAUUCUGCAGCAGAAUUAAGGUCCUGCUUACUGCCGAGUACCAGGGCCAGGCAUAUAACACUCCUGCUGCUACCUCACAAGGGCAUUGAGAUGGCCACUGCAGCUUGCCUGUUAGAAAGGGCUGGAAAUUUUUAUGAUCAUUAACAACAUUUGAGUCUAUGCCAGCUAAAAUAAGGAGGGUAAACACACUCUAUGCUUCAGUGUGUGACCUUGGUUACCCAUGCAGGUCCAAAAGGGUUCAUUUCCUCUUUGUGAACAGCCUAGCCUAAUUAGCCAGGGGGGCGCUGUGGUUUGUUGGCGUUUUGGCUUGGGGAAGGCUAACUCCCACUUUCAUUCCAUCUGCUUUCUCUUGAAUAAAUCUGCAAAAGGCUCCUGCUUAGACUUUGAAGUGUGGGUCUUCUCUGAAAAAUAACUGUGUGAUAGCACAGCAUCCUCUCACUCGGCAUAUCUGCUCUGCUCCUGCUGUCUCCAAAUCCUAUCUCUGUAUUUUAGUGACACAAAAUAAGCUGGGUCAGCUUAUAUAUUAGAUGCCUUUGCGUUGUUUCAGUAGGAGUUCUUUCUUUAUAGGAUUAAAUGCCUGAUUCUGAGCAGUGCUGAGCACCCUGAGUGGCCAUUCAGAUUAACAGGGCCUGUGAUUUUCAGGAUCAGGCCCUAAUACUGCCAAGAUGGAAUCAAAUGAGCGAGAGCUACUCAGGCUGUUGUUCUCCAGCAGCAACUGUGUGUGUGCUGGGAGAAUGUGUUCUGAUGUGUAGAAUGACACAUGUUCCUAACAUUAUUUUCAUGUGCCACAUAUUGUCAUACUGUGCCAGGCUGUCCUGAAAACAUAUUCUUAUUUGCCUGUGUCCUGUGCAGAGGAGACCAUACUGUGUGGCUUGACGUGCAGAGUUAUAGAUCUGAGUUAGAACGUCCUUUGCCAGAGAUUACUGAUACCACAAGACACUUACUUUUUUAAAAAGAUAUUUCCUCCUACAGUCUGUAGUAGUUUUGUUUUCAAUAAAACAUAAUGUGACAUUUUACUGCACAUAAGCUGAUUAUUAAUAACAACACUGAAUGGUAUAAAUUUACCCAGCACUUCACAAACCCAGAGCAAGGUGAUUUGCCACCACUGGAGACAUGCUAAUAUGAAGAAGCCAAACCAAUACACGACAAGGGACAACAGUUCAGGCAAGGAUUGGUGGUGGUGAAUUACUGGAGAGGAGAAUCAGGUAGUGGAUGGAUUCCUGGAAUAAGAGGUUUUAAGAAGGGAUUUAAUGGCUAGUGCCCUAAAUAUAGAAGUGUAGCUGUGAUGGCAUGAGAGCCGGCAGGGGUAGCCACCCAAGUAGGUGUCUAGAGUCUGGAAUGGGCUUACACUUGGGGCAACUAACUUCUUCUGUCACUUGCAUUGCUGUGCUUUCACUUGCAUUGCUGUGCUUGCACUUGCAUUGCUGUGCUUGCACUUCUAUUUUGAACACACUAGCUUGAUCACUUUCCAGCUCCAGUGAAAACAGACCCUGAUUUGAGUGGAGCUAGUCCUAAUUUGCCCUAGGAGAAUCAAGCCUUGGAGGGAGGGAGGGGCAGAGGGUGCCUUAUGGACAAAAAAGCCAAUGUCUCUAGCAAAUAGAAAAGAAUGAAUGAUGGUUCAAAUUUAACAAAGGGAGGAGGCGACACUAUGCUGGUGAGUGAGAUUUAAAUGACUAGACAGGUAAGAGCAGCAAGGAGAGAACUCAGGAGUAUAGGGAGCGAAUAAUGAGAUCUACACAGGCCCAAGAUCACCUAGGUCCUUGACGCUGAGGGUUAGCAGUUAUACUCUGAUUUCUCUUCAGAGCAGUUUUUCCUAGUCGAUAGAGCACUGGAUUAGGACUCAGGAACCCUGGGUUCUAUUCCCAGCUCUGCCACUGGUCUGCAGGGUGACCUUGGGUAAAGUCACGUUCAGUCGCCAUGCCUCAGUUUCCCCCUACAUAAAAUGGGGACAACGAUACUGACCUUCUUUGUAAAGUGCUUUGAGUUACACUGAUGAAAAGUGCUAAAUAAGAGCUUGGUGGUGGUAUAACUUAAUGUAUUGGUAUUUAUAAGAGAUGUUAUUCUGAUAACAGGUGUCCCCUACAACACGCUCCUCACAAGUCAGUCAUAGUCUUGUAUCG